CUCCUGCUUCAAAAUGCUGGACAGGAUAUUCAACAAUAACCAGAAAGUGACUGAAGCAGCGAAAGUGGGCAGAGGCUAUGACUCAGCACUGAAGGAGAUCAUGAUGGCUGAAAUCAUGCCCAUCGUAGAGGAAUUUGACCAGACGAAGAAUAACGAUACGGAGUACGAAGACAGGUUACAGGCAGCUGCAGACAGGUUCAUCACAAUAGCCUCUGGUCUGCCCAGGGCGUCUGGAUGUUUUCCCCCCUGCGUGCAGGAAAUCACCGUGGAGGAAAACAACAGGACUCAGAUGUGGUGUGAAGUGCCAUUCAUUUUGCCAAGUGACGUCCAGAUAGCGUGGAGGUAUACAGAGGUCAAAACGGUGUUGAUGGAUAGAUUCAAGGAGGUGACGGUUGGUGUGGACAAGCUCUACUCAAUACCCUCUGCCCGGCCAGAGCACUCAGGCACGUACCAGUGCGAGAUUUUCUCUCAGGAACGCUCCCUGGUCCGCAUCUACUAUCAUCUCUCAGUUACUCCUCGUGCAGUAGUGGGCCAUGUGAAGCUGCAGGAUGUGUUUAACCAGGCUCUCCUGCCUGCUGGUCACUUUCCACUAACGCUGCCCCAACCCCCGUUUGUCCUGCUGCAGCUGCCCAGCCCAGACCUCCUCACAGUCUGUCUGACUUCACUACUCUUGCUUCUCUUCCUCACUCUGGGAUUACUGUAUUAUAAGACCAACAACAAGAAAAACGACAAUGAAACUGAUCAAGAAUGUGAACCUCACAGGAAGAGAUAUAUACUUCACACUACUUGA